AUGGGGAGGAAACCAAAUCCUAUGAUCCUUCGACAUUUCGAUAGAGGAGCAAAGUUGAGCGAUAACUCAAAUCGAUACGAACACACCUGCAAGCGAUGUGGCGAGAGAUAUCCAAAAGGGCGGUCCGACGCGUUAAUCAACCAUAUCCUUAAGAAAUGUAGCCGAAUCAGCGCGGAUGAGCGUAAGAAGGCUUUUAUUGAACAUGGGAAUCUGCCACACGAUGCUUAUCUCGUACAUGGGCAGCUACAGCCCGGUGGCCAGCUAGGAGAUGUGCCAAAUGGAGGGAACGAUUGGCACGCGUUAGAUGUGCUUGCGGAAGUGUCGAGGAGCAUUGAUCAUCCUCAAAAUCAUCCUCGAAAUGGUGGUCAACCAGGAGGUCCAAAUCAGUUGCAACUGGCUGAACACUUUACACCUGAUAAUCCUCCUGUUAGCUUUGAGCAACGCGCAGCCCGCGAGAAGUCAAAACUCGAUCAAGCAAAACAGAACCCAAAUUUGCAUUCACAGGAUAAUCUACGAGACGAUGCUAUGGAUAUAACCUACAGUGCCAUGCCGUCAUUUGGUGGUGGAGAAGGAGAAAAUGGUUCGCAUCACGGUUUGCCAGCCUACCGCAAUAUGUCGCCUCAUCUACACCCAGGACAAUUCGUUCCCUCUCGUUCAUCGUCGCCUAACUUUUCUAUGGCACAACGAGCUACAACCAUUGCUCAGGCAGCCGCGGCUAGUUUUGCGCCAAGUAUGGUCGAUCCAGAUAUUCUUCGAGACGAGGCUGCACUCAACGCCCGAAAUCAGUCGGCAGCCGCAGAGAGGCUGUUUGCGCAACAAAUUCAAGAAGCGAAUGCUGCUAUGACUGAGACAUUUCAACCUGAACCUUCUGUGGAAGAACCCCCCGAAGCCAUACCGCAUAGUCCUUCUUGGGUCGAAGAACCAGAACCUGUUCAUGAAUCUUUCUCGGAACAUCCUAGAAGUGCACAGCCUAGCGCGGAGCCGCCCCAGCAACCAGUUGAGUAUCAGCUGGAACAACUUACUUAUCGACCAAUUGCUAUGAGUGGUGAAAACAAUCCGGCUCCUGCAGCAUCGAUGACUGGCGCUUUUAGUGCUGAAUCUGGUGAUGGGGCCCGUCACAAUGGCAAACAAAAGGUCAGAGGCGCGUUCACUGGAGCUCGGCGAGUUGAGGUUCAAGAAGUCAGAAAGCAGGGUGCUUGUAUUCGUUGCAAGAUUUUGAAAAAAUCUUGUUCUUUGGGAAAUCCUUGCAAAGCUUGCGCCAGUGUAGACUCCGCAAGGGUAUGGAAGCAGCCAUGUUCUCGAAGGAGAUUGGUUCAAGAAAUGGAUAUGUUCAGUGCCGGUCUACAUCAUACUCUGAUGACCCAGGCGAUUGAGGCCGAGAAAGAACAUGUUACAUUCCGCUUCUCGGCUGUUCAGAUAGAAGCUUCUCACCAUCCAGAGGCAAAUAUCUUUGCUGCUUUUCCUCUUUACGAGGGAUCGGCGCCUGUGGUUGGUCAGAUUGAUCCUAGUCUGGACAGAACCCCUUCCCAGGAAACCAUCUACAUGAUCGAUACGGACGUUAUUGAUAUUGGUCCGAAGAUUGACGCAUACACCAAACAAAUGAGACCCGUUUUCUUCCAAAACGAGCCCUCGAACUUCAUGCGUACAACACUAGGGUUUGCAGUUGAAGUCCUUGAUGGUCUCGUGGAUAAAGAUUCUCGAUUUCUUUCUGAUACUCUAGACUUGUGGUGUAUGGUACAUAUUCUCGUCGACCACGAAGUAAAAUGGGUUCUUACCAAGAAAGCCAGCACCAUCACCCCACCAGCCACUGCAUCAGUCAAUGACCGCACCUGGCGUCUCGUGAAUGCUCAACUCUCCGCAACUGUGGAGAAGAAGGCCGGUCUCCUUACGAAAUCCGUCCUGCAGACCCUCGAAGUCCGUCUCCAAUCACCAAAGGCGCGUCGUUCUUUUGAGCUCUUCCUAGCUGGACUCAUUAUCCUAAAUUGUCUCGAGAAGACAACCUGGUUCUUCAAUUCCUACGAAAAACCACCUCUCGAAGCAGACUGGCCACUCGAAAGAAAACCGAUCUUAUAUGCUAAUCAGGGUGAGAGCGUUACUAAUAUGCUUAACAUGUUACUCCGAAUCAAGAGCAUUGCACCGAAUGUCGACACGACUAAUGAAGGGAUUUUGAAAAGUGAUUUCAAUGAUCAUAUGAUGCGGUUUUUUCAGAAGGUUCGGUUGACUGAGGGACAAGUCCAUCAAGCGAGGGGCAAUCCUGUUUUUAUUCCUUCGGAUUCGAGAUGUUUCGAGUUGAGAUACUCGGGUAGGUUGAUGAAUAAUGAUCCGGGCGAGGAAAGUAAACCGAACCGUCGUUAG